AUGGAUUCAUGGCGGAAGAAGACGUUAGUGGUGAUCACAAUAUGCAUUCUGCUGCUAAUCGCCGCAGCCAUUAUGCUCGGAAUCGGAAUCCACAAGGCGAAGCAGGACAAAGAAAAUUACGACGAGUGUAAGAAGGAGUGCGCGAAUGCAACUAUCCAUACUGUCGGCAGCGUUCUGCACUUUUCCAUUGACCCGGGCGUACCGUGGAAUGAUUCGUACAGUAAACCCGAUGACCCGGCUACGGUGGCCGUGAUUUCGGAGUUUCAGCAGAAUGUAUCUUCGAUGCUGGGAUCGAAUUCUUUUGCGAUCCAAGAAUUUCGGACUAUUCUGCAAUUCUCGACUUUGGCACUGAAUUCAAGACUUUUAGCCGUGUCACCGGAUUAUUUGGUUCCAAACCUGCAGCACGACACCCAAUUCUACGGGACCCUCGUUUUUUCGUCAAAAGUCAGCGCUGAAGAUGUACAGGCGGCCUUGAGGACAAAGUAUACCACCGCUACCGUAGCAGAAUCAUCUCAUGUCUAUUGCCAAGCUCUGAUCGAACAGCCGACUCCAGUGCCGCCGCCUUUGGGAGACUAUCCCUGCGACCCGCGCUCACCCUCACGAACGGUUAUCGUAAUGGUGGAUGUCGCCACACCGAUGGAUCCGACGGUUUCGAGUAAAGAUAAACUGACAGCGGUUCAAUCCUACCUGAAAUCACUUUCCCCACCGGCUGGCACGGAUUGGCAAGGGCUAGAGAUGGGCAUCGGCGUCUACGAGGGCAGCAACGCGUACUUGUUGAAUAAUUGGCGAAGUAAUAGCCAGGCAGAAUGGGAUGCAGCCAUCGCCCAAGUAAUGCUGAAUGAGACCUCGGAAAGCCACAACGUCACUAGAGCUUUCGAAUUUGUUCGCGAUGAGUUUUCCAACCCCAACCUACAACUCAAAGUCGGAACCGCGAGAUCGCUGAUCAUACUGGCCGAUGGAUUUGAAUACGACAAUGGAUUCGGGGAAAAUCGGAGUCGAGUACUUGCCGAGGUCGUUGCCCAAACUUUCUAUACGUCAACGGUGCUCGUCAGCAACUCGCGCGACAUCCGAUCCGUAUUUACCUCGAUUUUACCAUCCGGUUACAAGUUUAUCAACAUUGACUAUUGGUACCAGUUGGGGAUGGAGGACAUCAGGACGAGAAGCUUGUGGUGGAUAUGCUUGUCUCUUCCUCUAACCACACCACCACCAACCCUCAUUCCGCCGACAGAGAACCCGAUUACCGUACUGACGACGCCACAUCACCGGCCUACAGUACCUCCCACCCCACCGGGGCCUCCAGAUUUACCGGAAGCUUGCGAUGGGCUUCAAGUGCUUUUCCUCAUCGACAUGUCGCAGAGUAUUGAUGACAAAUUCGGGAACAUCAUCACCUUCAUCCAAUCCUUCAUGGCUCAAACGGAACGCGCUAACGAUACAAAAUUCGGCUAUAUUUCGUUCAACCAAGUCAUCCACGACCAUUCUGGCACGCUCCGGGAUCCCGUGGAUUUCUUGGUGUAUUUGAAUUCGACGAAAUACAUCAAUGGAAAUACAUAUUAUACUGUUGGCUUUGAUGCGAUGAGCUCGUUCAACCAAUUUUUCAAUCCGAAUGCCAGCCGAGUUGUGGUAUUUGUGACUUCUGAAAAUGCGAUUGAUAUCAGCGCGGCAAAUAUCGCAAAAAUGGGAAAAAUCGUCCAGGAAAUGCGAGAUGGAGGUGUUCAAUUCAUUACCACCCUGACGUAUCCUACCGCCGACAAAGUGGUGGUCCUCAAUCAAAUUCUGCAAUACGGGAGCCCGGCCGACACCAAUAGCGCAAAAGUCAUCCAGACUACAAACUACGACACGUUGGUGCCGAUGGCCUUCCAGGUUGCCCGAGCCUUGGCUUGUCGACGUGACGCGAGCAAAAAAUGCGCAGUCGAUGUGGUUUGGCUGGUCGAAGAUUCGGAGGUUGUUGUCAACGUCAAGGGGCAAGAAUACGCCCGCGGUGCCAUUUUGGCUUACAUCGAGGCCACUAGGAAAUCAAUGGGACGCUUUGGGGAUCGGAUGGGCCUGGGCUACUACUCGAAUCCGGAUAAUCGGCCCCACACCGAGCACGAUCGUUCCGGGAUUGCUUUGUAUUUGAAUGACCCAAGGUCUUUUGACCCAGACGCGGCUGCUGCCCUCGUCAAAUACACAAUUCCCGAAGAUCCGUGGGGCGUCUACAGUGACAUUGCACUUGGCCUUGAAUUUGCCGAAAAGAUUUUCGGAACCUCCCCAACGAGCAACGCCCAAGUGGUCUUCAUUUUUGGCAGAGGAACCUUUACGCAACCCGGGCAGGACUGCUGCGACGAUCCGUUUAAUAUCUCGUCUACACUUUUGGAGAGUGGUGUAUUGAUGAAAGCUGCCGUCAUCGGAACCGGCAAAAACGAAACCAUUAUGUCGAUGAUCACGGGACAACCAAAUUUUGAGGUCCCUGGAUUCACCCGUACUGAUGCUGAACAAAUCGGAGCGCUGCUGGUCGACCAGUUGCUCGAGUUUAGGCAACAAGCCGUCGAGCAGGGGAACUGCAUGCAACCGGAAUUGAAGAAUUUCUGCCAAGAAAAGUCGGAUAUAGUGCUGAUAAUUCAUAUUCCCCCGACCGGGCAGGAGGAGCUAUUUUAUGCCGUGAAAAAUUAUACGAUCGCCACGUUGCUUGAGGCUUUCAAGGGAAUGGAUUACGGUGGAACGGAUAAGCUCACAAGAGUGGCCAUCCUCACCUACUUUGGCGAUACCGUAACGGUGGUACAAGGUCUUCGCGCCAGCUACAACCUAACUACCGCCAUAAUGGCCGUGGAAAAGAUUGAAUUUGUGAACAACGACGCGGAAUUCAGCAAUUUGAGCCUGGCUUACGAAGAGGCCUGGAAACAAUUCAACACGUCUGGUAAAUCCUACGCUUCUUGGUCGACGAUUGUCAUUACAGAAAUGUUGGACGAAUUCGACGAGGAAGCAGCGCUCAACAUUACGGGCCCAAUGGUCGAGGCGGGUACCUACAACUUUGGGCUUGGAACCAGCGAGAAUGCGUCAUAUUUCUGGGGCAUGGAAAAUAUUUGGAACAAGUAUACGCUAAUCGGUGAGGAGGAUUUAAUGGAACCCGAUGGGGUGCCAGCUGUUUAUACAGCAAAUCAGCUUCGGGAUUUUGUUUGUGACCACUAUCCGGGUGAAGGAAAAUCGACGCUUCCCCCAACGACGACACCAAACGGUCCAACUACCCAGCCAGGAUUCCUACCGCAGGGCAUCCUCGCCGAACAAAAUUGGCCGGACCUGGCGAUCGUAAUAGAUACCUCUACCGAUCCGGGUCUUCACAAACUCAUCGGCAUCGCCGGUGCCGACGCAGAAAAUUCUGCGCUGAACGACAAGGGCUUUGAAGUGCUACGUCUUUUCCUGCUAAACACGCUUCGAAACUUCAAAUUUGACGCGGGGCCGGCGAUGACGCACGUGGCCCUGUUGACUUUUGACGGAACGGCUACGACCCUGUUCAACUUCACCGCCCACUCGAGCUGGGAAUCGAUUUACGAGGCGUUGACGAUAAACCUGCAAUACGGACCUUCGGAUAAUCAUGUGCCGACGAAGGAUAUUGAUCAAGCCAUCCAAAUGCUCUCCGACCACAUCUACCAACCCCUGGCCGGCUACCAAACUGGCAAACCAAACUAUUUGUGGAUUUUCACCACCGGAGAGCAAAAUUUGCAUACCAACAACGGGCAGUACAAGAAUACACUGCUGACGCUGGCCCAGGGUGGUGUGAACAUCUACUCGAUUGGGCUAGGGGCGGUGAACGACACGUUCCUCGCAACAUUGUCUACCGGAUACCGGGCAUUCUUUACAAUCGGCAAAGACUUUUCUCGAUUUGGCCUCGUCGUGUUCGAUUCGACUGGGGUUUUGCCACAAUCAAAAGCGAUGAACGAUCAGUUCGACAAGGCGGUUCUCGUCGACAACAUUAACAAGAUUCAACCGGUGAAUCGAGCGUUAAAGACGGCGAAGUAUGACGACGCCAUUGCCUAUAUCAACGCCACCAUUAGCGAUCUGGCGAAUGGAAAACGAAAUACGGCGCCGAGUUUUACCAUUUUCUUAACAGCAAAUAAUGACUGCAACUAUGUCAUUCCAAUCGGCUCGACAAACUUGACGUACUUUAACCAGGACAUCUAUACGGUUAUGGUGCUUGGACUGGACAAUACCACGCUGCCCAAUUUCACCAGGACUCUAGCGACAGAG